AUGAACGGAGAUACAGACGCCCUCAUCACAUCACCCGACCCCCUCCAUCCCGCCAACCACAUCUGCUCCUUAUGCCACAAAUUCUACGGCUUUGGCUGGGUAACAGGCACAGGCGGCGGAAUUUCCAUAAAACAUGCUGAUCAUGUAUACCUGGCACCCUCAGGCGUGCAGAAAGAGUUGAUGGAACCGAAAGAUAUAUUUGUGAUGGAUUUUAGGACGAAGGAGUAUUUGAGACGGCCGAAGGUCCUCAAACCCUCAGCCUGCACACCCCUCUUCAUGGCCGCCUACACGCACCGUGGCGCUGGGGCAUGUAUCCACACACAUUCCCAAUGGGCAGUUCUGGUCACCCUAAUUCUAGAAUCCGGUGCCCAACACCACCCCUCACACGGUAAGGAUGUCUUUUGCAUGAAAGAAAUCGAACAAAUCAAAGGUAUCUCGAGGGGUGGGACUGGAUCUCAAGAGAUUGCGGAAGGUGGAAGGAAAUUGGGGAAUUUGGGGUUCUAUGAUACGAUGAUGAUUCCUGUGAUUGAGAAUACUGCGCAUGAGGAGGAUUUGAAGGAUACACUUGAGAAAGCGAUUGGGGAGUGGCCGGAGACUUGUGCGGUGCUGGUCAGGAGGCAUGGGCUUUAUGUUUGGGGAAAGGAUGUGGCGCAGGCGAAGACGCAGUGUGAGAGUUUGGAUUAUUUGUUUCAGCUUGCGGUUGAGAUGCAUAAGCUGGGAUUGAAGUGGAUAUGA